GUCACGUCAGCCAGCCAGUCAGCCAGCCAGCCAGCCAGUCCCGUUUCUUUUUGCCCGUCUUGAAUUAUCCCCCAGCACCCCACCACUGAUCCCUCAACGGCUGAACGGCCAGAGCAGCAGCACGAGUGUCUGCCUGGAGCACGAGGCCAAGACCGUUGCGAGCGUAUCAUCCUGCCCGCUAGCUUCCCCCUCAAUAGCAAGGUACCUGGGUACCUGAGUACGUGGGUACUUCAGUUUUUGGGCCCCGACCCGAGAUUGCGACGGCUGUUCCUGUCGAUUGCAGCAUGACUGUGUGGGAGCGAAAAGGUGUAAAGACAAGUCGAGUUGAAAACGGCAAAAUCCCUCCAAUUCCUGCACCACCUCUUCUAGGUGAGACGACGACAUGUAGUUGCUCGUUGAUGCCAGAACAGGUCGGGGUCCCAGGGUCUGUUUAAACUUUGGAUGGAUCCAAGCUCGAGCAAUGACUCGGUUCGGUUCUUCCCCUCCCACGGACGCGACCGUUGCCUUGUCACCACCUGGCAAGGCCCCCCAAUCUGCCCAAUCUACCCAAUCUCGAGAUCCAAAAUCCCACCUGACCCGUUCGUCCAACCUAGCUGCCUCUUGCAAGGUUUGCCACGCGCCAGUCUUGGGAUGCUUGUUCUUGUUACUACUGCAACUAUUACUACGGCCGACGAGCCAACCCUCCAGCCCUCCAGUACAUACGCCUUACCAGCUUCUCGGGUCGCGGUCGGCAUUCAUCAAUUUACAAACUUCAAAUUGACAAAGUGAGGCAUGGCCCAUCUUGUUAACUCUUACACAGUACUUGGAUGCAUCAACCACAAUGUCCUGUCUAGAUUGGCACGCGAGUCAAUCUCCCCCGAGUCCUCCUGCUCCUUGCCGAUUAUCUCCCGAUCGCCGGCCCCCUCAGAAUCGGCCAUUUGAUGCCGACCGGCUCCCUCGCCCCGACCACCUCUGCCGAGUCCUGACAGCCCCAACCGUCCAUCCAUUCGCCACACUCCACGCCGGCUAUACGAAGCACUGUCGCGUGUGCGUGUGCCGGCUUGCCCACGCCAUGCCUAUCAAUCCAACCCCAUCCAACCCCACCCCACCAUCCGCCUGCUCGAGUUGCCUAUCGCGACCUGCUGUGCGGGACCUGUGGCUGGUGCCACCCAAUGCCUCGAGACAAUCCGGCACCGUUACGCAGGGGAAUCCGGGUGAGAUACGCCAUGUUUCUCAGCUAUCGCCUUCUUCAAGUGAACAGGUUGCGCUGCUGAGCUUCUCCUUUUUUGGUUGGUGGUUCAAUCGCAUUUCGGUUGAAUCUGAGAAUUCUGAAAGAUGCAUUUCUCUUUAUUGGCCAUCGUCACGCCACUGGCCGUGGCUGUCACCGUACCCCGGCAUGGGCUGGGUGGCUGGGCACUCGACAGCAAUGCUGCAGACUUCGAGUGCGACCUCCCGAGCCCUCUCGACCCAUCCAGCGAUGGGCUUCACUCAGCUGCAAAGCUCUUCGGCUCCAGGGCGGCGCUGGAGAAGCAGGUAGAAAGGCACUCGGCCCUCGUCAAGGUGCCCUCCAUCUGCUACGAUGACCUCGGCCCCUUUGACCAGGAUCCGCGAUGGGAACCCUUCUACAAAUUCCAUGAUGUGCUGGCCGAGGUCUUCCCUCUGGUUCAUCAGCACUUCACCCGCGAGAAGAUCAACACAUUUGGCCUGCUCUACACCCUGCCGGGCUCAGACCCGUCCCUGAAGCCACUGAUGCUCGCAGCCCACCAAGACGUCGUCCCCGUGGCGGACGCUUCAACCUGGACAUACCCGCCCUUCGACGCACACUUCGACGGCACCUGGCUGUGGGGCCGCGGGGCCUCCGACGACAAGAACAGCAUGACCGCCCUGCUGUCCGCCAUCGAGUCCCUGCUGGCCCAGGGCUGGUCCCCGAAGCGGACCGUCCUGCUGGCCUUCGGCUUCGACGAGGAGUGCUCCGGGCUCAAGGGCGCGGGUUCCAUCGCCGCCCACCUGAAGCGCACCUGGGGCGACGACUCGCUCGCCAUCAUCCUCGACGAGGGCGGCAUGGGCCUGCAGCAGAUCGGCGACGUGCUGUACGCGCUCCCCGCCGUCACCGAGAAGGGCCACGUCGACAUCUGGAUCGAGCUGCACGUCCAGGGCGGCCACAGCUCCAUCCCCUUCCCGCACACCGGCAUCGGCAUCCUGAGCGAGGCGGUCGUCGCCCUCGAGUCCCACCCCUACGACCCCGUCCUCCUCAAGGGCUCCCCCAUCUACAACCACUACGUGUGCCAGGCGCGCUACAGCCCCGACGCCGAGCCCGAGGUCACGCGGCUGCUCGAGGAGGGCGACCUCGAGGCCCUGGCGCGGGAGCUCGCGUCCCAGGACAGGCCCACCAACUUCCGGCUGCAGACCAGCCAGGCCGUCGACUACGUCAGCGGCGGGCAGAAGAUCAACGCCAUGCCCGAGGUCGUCAGGGUCGGCGUCAACUACCGCGUCGCGCCGCAGAACUCGAUCGGCGAGGUCAUGCACAACGUCGUGAGGCACCUCGGGCCCAUCGUGGACAAGUACAACCUGGCCCUGGCGGCCUUCGAGGACGACGACGAGUACAAGAGCUACGGGGAGGACCAGAACCAGCAGCAGCACGGUGGCCGCACCGGCACCGGGGGCGUCGUCAGCCCCGCGUACGAGGUCGACUACAACGGCACCCUGACGCUGACGUCGAGCCAGAAGACGCUCGCGGCGCCCGCGUCGCCCAGCGGCGGCGGCGACCCCGUCUGGGAGGUCUUUGCCGGCACGAUCCGCCACGCCUUCGCCCCGCCCGGCGGCGGGACCACCGUCGUCCCCGUCGGCGAGCUGAUGACGGGCAACACCGACACGCGGCACUACCUGGGCCUGGCGCGCCACGUGUACCGGUGGGCGCCCGCGCGCCAGGGCGGGGCGCUCAACGGGCACACGAUCGACGAGCGGGUCGACAUGGGCGUGCACAUGGAGCUCGUGCGGUUCUACUAUGACUUUGUGAGGAACUUUGAUGCUGCCCGUGGGGUGGGGAGGAAGGAGGGUCAUAGCCAGGCCAUGGAGGCUGAGCUUUAGUUUGGGAUUCUCUUGGUGAGAGUGUGCUGCGUGCUGUUUUCUUUUUCCUGGGGGGGGGGACGGUGGUUGGGGUGGAUUUUGGCGGUGCACCCCUGUGCUGCAGGUUGGAAUCGAAGACUCAUGGGUCUGUUGUGCAUGGAUCAAACGUUAUUUCCCAGUUUUGCGUUUCGUAAGAACAUGGCGAACGACCGAGGGGAGUGGAAUCACGGUGGAGCAUACGGCGAAACUCCAUGUCUGUACUCGGGACCUCGAUUUAAGUUGCACUCUUUCUUCCUUGCGGGAGGGUUGUUGUGUAUAUAGAUAGAUCUGCGUCUUGUGUGGUUUGCCACCCAGCAAACCGACAGCGGUUUCAUCGGUCGAGACACAACACAGAAUGGAAAGAUAUCCUCACGUGA